UAUGUAAAUAUAACCUUAAAUAAAUGAUAACAGUAAAAAUGUAGACAUUUGACAUUAAUAAAAAUACUUAAAAUGUCUCCUAUUCAUUUAGCUCAAUUAUGUAUAUUUAGUAUUUGUAUUUAUUCAUUUUCUAUAUUCACUUAUUUAGUUUUCUACUACGAUUUCUUUUCUACAACAUUUUUUAGUGAAAUACAGUCUGAAUAUGAUUUUAUUAUAGUGGGUUCUGGCACGGCUGGUUCAUUGAUAGGGCAUAGAAUAGCAAAAGAAACCAACUGCACAUUUAUAGUGCUAGAGGCAGGUGGCAGAGGCCAUCCCUUUCAUGAUAUUCCAGCAUUUGGUCCCUUAUUACACCAAUCCAUAUUUGAUUGGAAUUAUGAAACGGAACCACAAGAAAAUGCUUGUUUUGCUAUGGAAAAUUCUAGAUGCAUGCAAACCCAAGGAAAAAUAUUAGGGGGAUCAUCAAAAUUGAACAACAUGAUACAUAUUCGAGGAAACACAUCUCAUUAUGUAGAAUGGUUUCAUGGUAUAUACAACAAAAAAUAUAUAGAGGACCAAUUUAAAUACAUAGAAUCAAACAUUCUUCAUUUGAAUAAUAUUCAAUAUGAAAGUAACCUCAGCAAAGCUGUGUUGAAAGCUGCCAAAGAAUUAAAUUUUGAGUUAUUAAAACAUGACUUUGGAAUUGGUUUCAUGAAAUCCAUUCUUACCCAGAAUAAGGGCAAAAGAUGGACUACAUCUUAUAAUCUAGAAACAUCGAAAUAUGUUCUUACAAAUGUUUUAGUAGAAAAAGUACUUUUUAAAAAACAUAAAUGUAUAGGUGUUCAAAUUAUUAUGCCAAAGAAAAUGAAAUUGUUUGCCAAAAAAGGUGUUAUAAUUAGUGCAGGAACAUUUAAUUCAGCAAAAAUUCUGCAAUUAUCUGGUAUUGGACCAGAAAAAUUAUUAAACUCUCUAAAUAUACCUUUAGUAAAACAUUUGCCAGUUGGAAAAAACUUACAAGAUCAUAUUGGUACAGGCUUAGACUUGGUACUAUUUAAUACUUCCCAAUCAGUUGAAAUGUUUGAUAUUAUGAAUCUAUGGAAUGUAUUUAAAUAUUUUUUUUAUGGCAAAGGACCUUUAACUACACCAGGAUGUGAAGUUGUAGGGUUUAUUUCAACAAAAAAUGAGACGUCACCGAAUUUGCAAUUAAUGGUGUUGCCAGUUGGUAUAUCAGCAGAUAGGGGUAGUCAUUUGAGAAAAACAUUAAAAAUAAAGGAUUCUGUAUGGAACAAUUAUUUUAGUAAAAUUUUUGAUAAAUAUACUGCAACAUUUUUAGCAUUACUAUUACACCCUAAAAGCAAGGGUGAAGUGCGCAUACAGAGUAAAAAUCCCACUGUUCCUCCACUUAUAGAUCCUAAAUAUCUAUCCCACCAAGAUGAUUUAAAUACAAUUACACAUGGUGUUCUUAUGAUAAGAAAACUCAUUGAAACAGAAUCUUUGAAAAAUAUAGGAGCACAUUUUAAUAACAUACCAUUCCCUGGAUGUGAAAACUUCAAAAUGUUUUCAGAUUUAUAUUUGGAGUGUUAUGUAAAGCAUCUCACAUUAACAAGCUACCAUCCAGUAGGCACCUGUGCGAUGGGUCUGCCAGAAUCGAAUAAUUCUGUAGUUGAUACAACAUUUAAAGUUUUAGGAAUAGACAAUCUGUAUGUUGUUGAUGCCUCAGUGCUGCCAACAUUACCAAGUGGUAAUAUUAACGCGGCGAUAGCAAUGAUGGCUAAUAUAUUUUUUGAAAAUAAUAUAAAAGUAAUGUCAAAUAUUAGUAAAAAAAAGAUUUGUAAUAACAUUUCUUUUAACGAUUUUUUGUUAAAUACAUGUCCAGUGAGGUGAAUAAUAAACACUUAGUUACGUUUUUUUAAAUAAUAAGGAUACAUUUAUUAUAAUAUUAAAUUAAAUGUAUAUAUGUAAUCUAAUAACUAGGAAAUAUCAAACAAUCAAUUUCCCAUUGCUAAUUUUUUACUAUACAAAGCAUAUAAUAUAUACGCAAUUAAUAUGAAUAGUAAAUUGAUGAAUUCUAUAUAUAGGCAAAUUUUCACAAACAAUAAGUAAGGCUAGUGUUUACUAUUAUAAUUUCCUAACUACGGUUAGGUACGAACACCUUAGGCCUCUUAGUCACAGUUAACCUGUCGAACGAAAACAUGAAAAUAUAAUGGAAUCAUUAUAAUUUUGGUAUAUAAAACGUUGUAGUAAGCAAAAUAACAAAUGAGAAUAUGCUUUCGGAACAAUAGAACAUAUGUAACAGAAUAAUUAUAAUAUUUUUUCAAAUGUUAAUAUUAAUAUUUUUGGUAAAUAAAAUAAUAUUAAAGAUUGAAUGAAAUAAAACGCUUUAUUAAACAUUUUAUUAUUAAUAUAUUUAAGGUCACUUCUAUUGACAAAUGUUUCAUACAUACAUAUUUUGAGCCACGUUUCUGAAACAACCAUUUCGUAAAACUAAUUAUAAUUACUACAAGUACAAAAAAA